AUGUCUGAACCAAGGCAGCGCUCUCUGUCCACCUCUGGAGAGUCUCUGUAUCAAGUGCUUGGGCUAGAAAAAGGCUGUACCCAUGAUGACAUCAAGAAGUCCUACAGAAAAUUAGCUCUGAGGUACCACCCGGACAAGAACCCUGACAACCCAGAGACAGCAGAGAAAUUCAAGGAGCUCAACAGCGCUAAUUCCAUUCUGUCAGACAUCACCAAGAGAAACAUUUAUGACAGCUACGGCUCCCUUGGCCUUUAUGUGGCCCAGCAGUUUGGAGAGGAGAAUGUCAACACCUACUUCAUGCUGUCUACCUGGUGGGCUAAGGGUCUCUUUGCCUUGUGUGGCGUGAUAACGGGGUGCUACUGCUGCUGCUGCCUGUGCUGCUGCUGUAACUGCUGCUGUGGAAAGUUGAAGCCCAUGCACCCCGGAGAGGGAACAGACAGCUAUGUCUCCCCUGAAGACCUGGAGGAGGAGAUCCGCCACGACAAGGAGACUGAUGUGGACACUCCGGUUGUGCACCAGCCAACUAAUGCCAGUGAAAAGACACAGUUGAUUGGGGACGGCCACCGAAGUUACACCUGAACCUGGACAUCUACAAACCGUAGAGAGGCACUAGACGACAUAAACACUACACAGUCCAUUGCAAUGUGAAUGGCUGUUCCCACACUCUAACGUCAUUACAUUCUCUGUAAAUAAGUGCUUUUGGUUGUUGUUGUUUUUUCAAAUCUUGAUUUCUGUUUUCAUUGGAGGUAGUUGAUGUCGUUGUUCUCCUGCAUACUAAAUCCAUCAUCCCCUUUCACUUACCUAAACACUUUGAAGUGCAUUGGCUUCCCUUGUCACAUAGUACAAAUAGCUCAGUGUGUAAAUAUUACAGUUUGUGUAUGUAUAAAAAUAGAACAAAAGUAUUUUGUUGAAAAUAAAUGUAUGAUUUUAUCUGUCUAUACAGUCAACAUGAAAUGGUAUCUGAUGUAUUGGUACGAGUGUAUAUAUAUAGGGUAUAUUUGUUUUAAUGCUGUAGGGUGAUGACAGGUUCAGAAUCAAUGUGUGUCUGGGGCAUUGCUUACAGUAUCAGCAUAGCGUAAUGUAUUCAAGGUCACAUACUGGUAUUUGCUUUUAAAAUUAGGUGACUAAUGUUUCACAAUAGAUUAUGUUUGUCAUUGGGAUAUGGACUGGUGUCUUUUGACAUUGAUCGCAAUCAUUUCA